AUGGGUCAAACACUUUCGGAGCCUGUCGUCGACAAGGCGUCUGCCAAAGGCCAGGAUGAACGCCUACUCUAUGGUGUAUCCGCCAUGCAGGGAUGGCGUAUCAGCAUGGAGGAUGCCCACUGCACCAUGUUAGACCUACUGAAGCCCGACAGCGACGACGCAAAGUCGCACCCCUCGAGACUAUCCUUCUUCGGUGUCUUUGAUGGACAUGGAGGUGAUAAAGUAGCGCAAUAUGCUGGCGAGCACAUCGACGAUAUCCUGGUAAAACAGGAUACUUUCAAGGCCGGCAACUACGAGCAGGCUCUCAAGGACUGCUUCUUAGCCACCGAUCGGGCCAUUUUGAGUGACCCCAAGUACGAGGAGGAGGUAUCAGGCUGUACCGCCUGUGUUGGUCUCAUCACGGACGACAAGAUCUACAUUGCAAACGCUGGUGACUCGCGAAGUGUUUUGGGCGUCAAAGGCCGCGCUAAGCCCUUGUCAUUUGACCACAAGCCACAGAAUGAAGGCGAGAAGGCACGUAUAACUGCUGCCGGCGGAUUUGUCGACUUUGGUCGUGUCAAUGGCAACCUCGCCUUGUCGCGUGCCAUUGGCGACUUCGAAUUUAAGAAGAGCGCCGAGCUUGCCCCUGAGCAGCAAAUUGUUACGGCUUACCCAGAUGUCGUUGUGCAUGAGCUGAGCGACGAUGAUGAGUUCUUGGUCAUUGCAUGUGACGGUAUCUGGGAUUGCCAGUCGUCCCAGGCUGUAGUCGAGUUUGUUCGCAGAGGCAUCGCCGCGAAGCAGGAGUUGGAGAAGAUCUGCGAGAACAUGAUGGACAACUGCCUAGCCUCCAACUCCGAGACGGGUGGUGUUGGUUGCGACAACAUGACCAUGAUCGUCAUUGGACUCCUCCGUGGAAAGAGCAAGGACGCUUGGUAUGAAGAGGUCGCCAAUCGCGUCUCCAAGGGUGACGGCCCUUGCGCCCCUCCGGAAUACGCCGAAUUCCGGGGUCCGGGCGUCCACCACAACUUUGACGACAGCGACAGUGGCUAUGAUGUGGAUAUGGAUAAGCAAUCGAAGCCUUUUGGUAUUGGUGGGUACAAGGGUCGUAUCAUCUUCCUUGGCGAUGGCACUGAGGUCCUGACAGACUCGGACGACACGGAGAUGUUCGACAACGCUGAGGAGGACAAGGAUCUCGCUAGCCAAGUCUCCAAGUCAUCAGCAGGAGAUGAAGGCGAGAACAGCGCCGGCCCUCCCCCAAGAGCACCCUCUCCCCCGCCCCGAGAGAAGAAGUCGAAUACCGCCACCGAGUCGAAAACGGAUGCUACAAGCAAUGAUACCCCCAAGGAAGAGACAGCCAAGACCGAGACCAAGGAGGAGUCGAAGACGGAAGAGAAGACCGAGUCAAAGGAGUAG